AAACUGGACUCGAGUGGCGAUCGCCUGGAAGAAGUAUGGCUGGCCCAAGGAACUACUUCAAUUCCACCUGUACAGAUGUCGGCCCAGAUUGUCCGGUAGAAGAAAGCGUAUACGGAUACUAUCCCAGCUUCGAGAUCAAUGCUUCUCUGCUCAUCGCUUUCGGAUGCCUCACCGUCAUACAAGUAUAUCUGGCACUCUGGAAGAAGACGUACUUUUUCGGUGCGUUGCUCACGUUGAGCUGUCUGGGUGAGGUGGGCGGAUAUGCUGGACGUGCCUUGCUUCACGACAAUCCGUUCAAUGUUCCGGGUUUGUAUUUGAGCAUCUGCUGUCUGGACUUUGCACCAAGUUUCCUGGCUGCAGCGGUGCAUGCGACUCUGAAACAUAUCACUCUCACUUUUGGCGCAACGACAAGUAUCUUGCCGCCGCCCAUGUACACCUGGAUCUUCAUCGCUUUGGACAUGUUCUGUCUGGUACUGCUGGCCACGGGAAGUGCAUUGUCUCCUCACCUGGGCGUGAACUUGGGCGUUGGAAUAUCAGGUUAUAUCCUGGUCCUAUGUGGAAUCAUUCUGCAGAUCUUGACGCUCGUCAUAUUCGCCGGACUGGUGCUGGACUAUCUUUAUCGCACACGACGAGCUUGGCACAACGUACCAUUUGCAGCAACAAAGCUGCUUGAUACGCUCAAGUUCAAGCUAUUUGCUGCUGGAGUCGUGGUAGCGUAUACUGGGGUUCUUGUGCGAUGCAUAUUUCGGUUGGUAGAGCUGUCGGGUUUGUGGCCUCGUGGUCCUAUGCGUAGCCAGGUGGCCUUCAUCUUGUGCGAGAGUUGCAUGAUUCUGAUUGCCACACUGGCCUUUACAAUCUUCCACCCCGUCUUUUGUUUCGCACUUUCGAAGAACGCGCGACGCGGGAAGCGCAGGUGGAGAAUCAGCGUGACCAAAACAGUCGUGGAAGAGCCUCGCGGUCCUUUCGCCACAUCCUGGAAGCGCGAUUCUGGCCGAGAGUGUGAAAUGUCGCACCAGCCGGCAGAGCUCGCGAGUCCGAUCCACUCGGAAUUCUCUGGCGCUACUACAUUGGCCGCGCCGUGUAGUCAAGUCAAUCUUGUGAAGAAGGCGAAGUCAGAAACGUGGUAUUCGGAAGCUAGCGAUCAAACAUGGGAGGCAGAAGCUCAACGAGGCCCCAGUGAAGAUCGCGGCCAAACGUCGAGAGAGACGUCCAGAGAAACAUGGUAUUCGGACGUGACCUUGGAGGAAGCCGAUGUGGUUGAGUUCUCGAGGCCCUACUACUAUGGUAGGGCGCUCUAAAGAUACGAUGUUUUAUUGCGUAGAUUUGCAAGGAAUACGAUUAUGGAGACCAUACCGCUGGGUUGGACCUUUUCUGUUCUACGUGCCUUCGGCACGCCUUUGCAUAUUUCUUUGGAAGACCUCCCAAGAUCCAGUCUUCUGUUCAGCGAGCUGUUUAUACUGCCUUCUCGCCGAUGCCCCACGCGACCUUUGCUCAUAAUUGCUUCCUGGUGGUUCGUAGCACUUUUCGGGACCAGAAAAGUCGAAGAUGGUCGUCGUUUGGUUGAUUAUGUUCG